AUGGCUAGCGGCUCCGCCGAGCUCGUCGCCUUCCUGCUGGUCAUCUCCGGCUGGGUGCUGGUGUCGUCCACGCUGCCCACCGACUACUGGAAGGUGUCCUCCAUCGACGGCACGGUCAUCACCACGGCCACCUUCUGGGCCAACCUCUGGAAGACCUGCGUGACCGACUCCACCGGCGUCUCCAACUGCAAGGACUUUCCCUCCAUGCUGGCGCUCGACGGUUACAUCCAAGCUUGCAGAGGACUGAUGAUCGCUGCCAUCUGCCUCGGCUUUUUUGGCUCCAUCUGUGCGCUGGUUGGGAUGAAGUGCACCAAAAUUGGAGGCUCCGAACAGACUAAAUCUCGAAUUGCUUGUUUAGCAGGGCUGAUCUUCAUCCUUUGUGGGCUGUGCGCCAUGACCAGCUGCUCCUUGUAUGCAAACCGAAUCACCGUUGAAUUCUUUGACCCUCUGUAUGUUGCUCAAAAGUAUGAAUUAGGAGCGGCUUUGUUCAUUGGAUGGGCGGGAUCAUCACUUUGCAUAAUUGGCGGCAGUAUAUUCUGCUUCUCAUUGGUUAAAGACAAUAAAAAUCGAAGGGUGGGAUAUGCAUACAACACAGCAGCUUCGGCGAUAAGUACUCGAACAAAGGCCUACAACGACUCAACAGAUUUUAAAGCACCCAACGCCUCCCCAAAGCACUUCGACAAAAACGCCUAUGUGUAA